AUGGCCUCUACUGCCUUUGCCCUGGACACCCUGUCUCCCGAUGGAACUCGUUGCAUUGCCGGGUACUCCAGCGACAAUGCCGCGUACUGGUCCGGCCCCGAUGGAGGUCUGACAAACUUCCACGCCAACACUGGCUGGGUCACUGAUCCCCAGGGCAACAUGAUUUCCGAGCAGAACAUGCGUUUCAAUUAUUGGCAGGAUUUCACCUCUUCAUUGCCAUACACGGUCGACAUGUACUGUGGCCAGGAUACCUCCAAGACUCUGACCGAGUGCACUUCGGUCGAAGUCCGUUAUGCGGGACAGGAUGUCAUGUCCAAGAAUGAUAGCGAUGAUUGUGCCUGUGGAAGUUCUGCAACGGUCUUUGAGGCGAAGGGGUAUUGUGCUUGCUACUUUGACUGUUAA